UAAGCUUGGGUUGUACUGAAUGUUGAAUUAAGAUUUACUGUGGAAAAUAUAUUGUAUAAUACAUGAAUGUCAAUGAUUAAGAUUACAGAGUUUGUUGUUAACAGGAACAAAGUAAGAUUAGUUUGUUUUCCAACAAGAUAUUUUGUUUAAGAGGCAAACAAAUACUGGGCACAAGAAAGGGGUACUUCCGGUUUUGUGAUCGUACUAAAAACGCUUUUCUAAAUUUCAAUCUUCCGGUUUGUGAUCGUAUGUUUUACGUAUAAAUACGGGGUACAUUAUCGCAGUCUGAUAUAUUAGGUUGACUAUCUUUGAAGAAGUAUACCAAGAUGGGGACCAGAGUCUACAUUGGAAGAUUGUCACAUCAUGCUAGAGAACGGGAUGUCGAAAGAUUUUUCAAAGGAUAUGGACGUCUACGAGACGUUAUGCUGAAAAAUGGAUAUGGUUUUGUGGAGUUUGAAGAUUACCGUGAUGCUGAUGAUGCAGUAUAUGAACUGAAUGGAAAAGAUCUGGCUGGUGAAAGAGUGAUAGUGGAGCAUGCUCGUGGAGGUCCCCGUGGAGAUGACCGGAGGAGUGGUUACCGUGACUUCCCACCCCCACGCAGAAGUCGAGGUGGUGGAGGACGAGACAAAAUUGGCGACAGACGCCGGAUGGCUGGAAAUCUCGGGUAUGGGCCACCCACAAGGACAGAGUACCGACUGAUUGUAGAAAACCUCAGUUCCCGUGUUAGCUGGCAGGAUCUGAAAGACUACAUGAGGCAGGCCGGAGAAGUAACAUAUGCUGAUGCCCACAAAGAACACAAAAAUGAAGGUGUUGUGGAGUUCUCUUCCUACUCUGACAUGAAGAAUGCUAUGAAUAAGCUGGAUGGAACAGAAAUCAACGGGAGGAAGAUCAAGUUAAUCGAGGACAAACCCAAGCGCAGUAGGCGCAGAAGUAACAGUAGAAGUCCCUCCAGGUCGAGAAGUAGGUCAAGGUCCAGGCGGAGGUCGAGGUCGGGCAGCAGAUCCAGGAGCCGCAGCAGAAGCCGUAGUAGCCGCAGCAAGUCCAAAUCCAAGUCACCAGACCGCAAGUCCAGAUCCAAGUCACCUUCAAAAUCAAGGUCAAGAUCCAAGUCGCCAUCAAAGUCCAGGUCAAGGUCAAAGUCUCGUUCUAAAAGUCCAGGCGACAAAGAUGAUAAAGAUGAUAAUUAGGGUUUGGAAAAAUAAGAAUCCGAGGGACAUAAUUUCAUACAUGUGCAUGUCAGUUUGUCCAUAAAAGAGUUACAGAUGGCAUUGUAGUAUACAUUUCAAUGUACAAAACAUUUUUUUAACGCCUGCAGAGAAGGUUAAUUAGUAGUAGUACCCCCCACAAGAACAUGUGCAUGACAUUGUACAAUGUACAUUAGAGUUAUUUUAAGAAAUAUACUGGUGUGUUUCAGCCUUUGUGGUGUGCCAUGAAAGCACCGAAUCGUAACACAUAGCAGUAUGGGUUAGCCAGUGGGCUUUUUUUCUCUCUCUGUCUUUGUUAAACAGUGAUAUAUUGAAUUUUACAAAUCGACAUAUACAUCUAAUACAUCAUGCUGGACACCUUUGGUGUUCUCCGUUUAUGUCUGAGAUUCUGAGUCAGGCUUCUGAUUCAUUUUAGCAUCUUCUGAGUCGCAUUGUCAUGCUUCAUCAUAAGUAAAUUUCUUUGAUCAUUAUUUUAAUUUUUCAUGCGUAAUAAAAUAUCGUUUUAAUUGAUUGCCCCCAUUCACUUUAUUUUCACAUUUGUUAAAUAGUACAUUUGUAUUAAUACCUAUGGAAACAUGUCAUACAUUGCACCUCGUUUAUGCUGGGACAUGUACAGUUGUGGUUUGGUAAUGCUAUAGGAUUACUUUGAGGAAAUUAAUUGCAUUAGACAGGCAAGUUUUUCAAAACUGCAUGGAUUUUGAUAUUUUUUUCCAUAAGGGUAGAAAGAUUUUCUUCAGUAAUUACCAGUAGGCUAUGAACUAACGAAUGUAUGUACACUGUGUAGUAUUAAUUGUUAUCUUAUAAUUUCUGCUCAAGUGUUUUCUUUCCUUUUUCACAUUGUUUUUUCCGUUACUCCCUGAAUGAGCAGGUACUAUGUAUUGAAAUUAUUACAAACUUUUUUAAGAAAUGAAGUAAAAUACCCAUUGUCUUUUGAUCAUUUACUUGAAGUGGAUCCUUAACAUUUUCAGACCAUUUUUGUCAUUAGAAACUUGUAUGUUGUGAAUAAAUUUUACCAUACCAUGA